CUGCAGCGUAGUGUAGAGGACGAAAAGAAAGAGAGAGAGCGAGAGCAGUCGAGUUUUCCGUACGACAACAAUGGCGGUUUCUUCAUCGUCUUCGGAAUCCUUACCUUUACCUUCCUCCAACUUCGCCUCGCUUCCGAUUAUGGCGAUGAAGAAGAGAAUCAUCGAGAAAAUCCUCGAGAAUCGCGUCACUCUCAUCGUCGGCGACCCUGGAUGCGGGAAGAGUUCACAAGUUCCACAAUUCCUUCUGGAAGCAAACAUGGCACCCAUUUUGUGCACACAGCCAAGGCGGUUUGCGGUUGUAGCUGUUGCUAAGAUGGUUGCUCAGUCUCGCAACUCUGACUUAGGUGGAGAAAUUGGUUACCACAUUGGACAUUCUAAGAUUUUGACUCAAGGGUCGAAAAUUCUCUUCAAAACUGCUGGAGUUCUGUUGGAUGAAAUGCUAGACAAGGGGUUGAAUGCACUAAAGUACAAGGUUAUCAUUCUUGAUGAAGUGCAUGAAAGAUCUGUGGAGUCCGAUCUUGUUCUUGUCUGUGUUAAGCAGUUUCUCAUGAAGAACAAUGACCUCAGGGUGGUCUUGAUGUCUGCAACUGCUGAUAUAACAAGAUACAGAGACUACUUUAAAGAACUCGGCAGGGGUGAACGCGUAGAAGUUGUUGCUAUUCCUAGCCCUGACCAAAGAAAAAUCUUCCAGAGAAGAGUAUCAUAUCUUGAGCAGGUUGCAGGAUUGCUUGGUGUGAGUUCUGAUUUUUCAGCUUACUGUCCUGGUCCAAGUCCUUCUUCAGCCGAUACUGAAAUCAAACCUGAACUGCAGAAUCUUAUUCAUGAUCUCAUCUUAUAUAUUCAUGAAAAGGAACCAGACAUUGAGAAGAGUAUUUUGGUUUUCCUUCCAACAUACUACUCACUUGAGCAGCAGUGGUAUCAAUUGGAACCCUUUCUUGCGUCUUUUCAGCUUCACAUAUUGCACCGAAGCAUUGACACCGAGAAAGCCUUGGCUGCUAUGAAGAUAUGCAGAUCCCGCCGCAAGGUAAUAUUGGCUACAAAUAUUGCGGAAUCUUCAGUAACAAUACCCAAAGUAGCCUAUGUCAUUGACUCGUGCCGGUCUCUGCAAGUUUUCUGGGAUGGAUUCAGAAAAAGAGACGCAGUUCAGCUUGUUUGGGUCUCUAGAUCUCAGGCUGAGCAGCGUAGAGGGAGGACAGGUCGAACAUGUGAUGGUGAGGUGUAUCGCCUGGUGCCGAGUGCAUUUUUUAACAAGCUUGAAGAACAUGAGCCCCCAGCUAUACUUAAGCUGUCGUUGAGACAACAAGUUCUCCAUAUUUGCUGCACGGAAUCCAGAGCCAUUAAUGACGCAAAUGCGUUGCUGGCAAAAGCUAUGGAUCCACCAGACCCAGAGGUCAUUGAUGAUGCAUUAAGUAUGCUAUUAAGCAUACGAGCAUUGCAGAAAUCGCCUAGGGGACGUUACGAGCCCACAUUUUAUGGAAGGUUGCUUGCUAGCUUCCCAUUGUCCUUUGAUGCAUCUAUUCUGGUCGUCAAGUUUGGUGAAUUGGGAAUGCUAAGAGAAGGGAUUCUAUUGGGUGUCCUCAUGGAUACCCAACCGCUUCCUAUCAGUCAUCCUUUUGGAGAUGAUUCACUGUUUCUAGAGUAUGUUGACCACUAUUUUGGUGGCAGCAAGACCAUUUCUGGUGGACGGAGGGAGAUGGUACUCAUGGCAAACUUUUGUGCUUUUCAGUUUUGGCAGCAUGUCUUUAAGGACAAGCAACGUCUUGAAAACUUGAAACAACUUCUGUCAAAAGAGAAAGACAAAAAUCUCAAGUUUUUAUAUCCUGAGAUAGAAGAAGAGUGGUGUGAUCUCCACAAUAUUGAACGGUCAUCUUUCUAUCAUGUGUCUGAGAUGUAUGAAGACACUCUUGGCUCAUUUCAUCGUUUCAGACCUCAAUUCAUCAGUUCUGCUGAUUCUCUACCAACCUAUUACAAUCCAUGUGAAUUUGAUCACACAUGCUAUAUUGAGUGCCAACCUUGUGAAGAUAAAUAUCUACACACUGAGGAGGAAGAUAACAACCAACCACCUCCUGAAGUAAGAAAAUGUGUAUCAGUGCCGUUUGUUCCUCCUAACGCAUUCCAAGCUAAUGCUAUUGCAAAAAACAUGGCCAGCAUUAUCAAAGAGAUAAGAACUCAGUGCACACCAUCUGAAUCUGAUAAUGGCCAUGGAGCAAUUGAACCUGAGGAUUACAUUGAGGAUGGAGAGGCCCCAGUCUGUGUAUAUUUUCUUAAUGGAUUUUGCAACCGUGGUGACCAGUGCACGUUCUCUCAUACUCUUAAGACAACAAGACCAGCCUGCAAAUUUUUCGCGUCAUUGCAGGGGUGUCGAAAUGGAGAAUCUUGUUUGUUUUCACAUGUCAUGCAAAGACGAGCAACAUCAUACUGUCCCCCUCCCCCAUGCCUUCAAGAAGGAGAUGACACUUCCACAUCGCCUCUUCUGGAUUUGUUUCCAACUUCUUCUGAGGGAUCUAUCCUUGUGUUUGAUGACCCUGGCAUGCAUUUCACAUCAAGUAUAGCCAAUCGGUAUCCGUCCUGGAGAAUACUGUCCACAUCAUCUUCAUCAGAGACGCUUUUCUGUGAUUCAGCACUUGCGGACACAAGAAUAUUCUGGGGUCUCAAUCAUCCCUACCAGACCAUCAUCUCAAAAGCAGGAGGGGAGAAUCCAAUCCCGUGGAAUGAAGUGAAAUGCGUGCUUUGGUUCCUUAAUCCAGACAGCUACGCUGAAACACCUGAGAAACAGAAAACUGUUCUGCAGAAUUUCUUCGAGUACAUGGCAAUCAGAUUACUCGGUGAUAAUCUUUACGAAAUCCGAGUAAUCCUCACAAUGAACAACGUCAGAUUUUCACACUUGCAGGUUGAGAAAGUAGCCAGAGACAGCUUCUUCUUCCUUGGGGAGUCUUUCCCUCAUAAUUCAAUAAGCUUUGGUGAAUUUGCAGACGCAUUAACCAGCCAGAAGCCUAUGCUAGUCUCCAGACCAACCUCUUAUGUCUUCGAUCUCCAUCCGCCUACUGACACACAGCUUGGCGACUACACCUCUCACCUUCACAAAUCUCUUCACAACAAAUGAUCUCUUGGUGAAAGAGAAGAAGAAGGAAAAAAAGAAAGAAACUCCAUUUUUUGUUGUCUCUGUCAAUGGGUCGUCAUAGGUUUGAUCGCCGCUGUUUCUCCUAAAAUCUCACACUCUAAUUUCAUCACGAACACGAUUAUGCGAACGGCCACGUAUUAUAACCAUGUUUCUACCUUCCGACUCAAGUGAGAUAGGUAGUAACGAUCUCUUCUAUUCUAGCUGAUGUUAUCUUUUGUCUUA